AUGUCGAAUCCUUCGUUGAGUGGAACCACAAGCUCGGCCCAAUCCACGACUCAACCAGCUGCAGCCGAGCCAGGUCCCGAUUGGCCUGUAGCGAAAAAGCUUUGGGGAAUCGCUUGGGAGUUCCAUUGGGCUGGACUGGGGACUCUCUUCAGUAUAUUAGCAGUACGCUCUUUCCUGAUUCUAGCGCAAGUUCGAACCAGGCAGGGAUUUGGCCGAAAGCCCUUUUUUAUAGCCAUAAACUCUUUGCUUUUUACCCUAGGAACAACGAGAGCUUUGUUUUUAUUUCUUGAUCCUUACUCCUCGGCAGAAAAUGGUAUUGAAAUCCCACCCUGGAUAUCGAUGCUGGUUUUUGGCAUAACCUAUCCUUGUUUGACAUCUUCCUUCUGUUUGAUUCACUUGGCUUUUCUUGAAGUGGUAAAGAUCCAGCUUGGAUCUAAAAGGCUCCAAGAUGUUCGCUUUUUAGGUGGUGUCAUAACAGCUCACUUUGCUCUCGUGAUAACUGCAGAAAUGUCAGCUGCCUUAAGACCAAAGCUUGCACCAUUACUGAUUAUAUGCCAGUCAUUCUUCAUCCUAUGGGGCUUUGUAUUGUCGGCAAGCUUUAUCUACAGUGGUUUAAAAGUAAUUCGCUAUGGUUACAGAGUACAGAAACAACUCAAGGCUAUCGAACUUGGCGAAGGUGCUUCUCGAAGGCGAAUGAAGAAAUCUAACAAAGGAAUAUCUAAAGUUGCUAAAGUCACUCUGGCAACAAGUGUUUUGGGAUUUGUUUGUUGUGGAAUGCAGAUAUAUUCAGUGUUCGGUGUUUAUGGUUUGUAUAGCAAAUUUGUUAAUCCGUCUCCUUGGCCAUGGUGGGUAUUUCAAACGUGUUUUCGGUUGGUUGAGUUCGUUAUGGCUUGUACAAUAGCCUACAGUGUGACGCAGUCUGCAGACUGAAGAGGGUAAUGAUUGCCGGUUGAGGGCCCAUAAUGUAACCGCUAGCGUUUUUUGGGGGGGAUUUGGUUUCAGAACUGACCCUGAAUCUUCAAAACUCCAAAGCAGUUUUCAAUAUUGAACUUUAGCUCCAGAUGGUGAGCAGUCUCUUAUUUUUUCUGAGCUACUUCAGUACGAACUGGACGGAGAAAAGGCGGACAGCAAGCACGGUCUACUCUUACUCCGGUCCCCUACUUCAAGAACUUGGGCUUGUGGGACAAACUUUCCAUACGCUAAAUUACAUACCUUGCCGCAUGUUCAAGGUGUACAACAAUAUCGUAGCACCUGAAUACCUAUGCUAAAAAUAUUUGAAAAGGACCACCUACGAUACCAGGAGUUCGUCUUCCAGUUUGCAGUUUUAACUCUAGCCAAAGGAAAACCAAUUAUGACAAAAAUUGUUUAGGUUAUAGGGGGGCAAUUAUUAGGAAAAAAUUAACUUAUUCUUUACAAUAAUAUUUAGUUGAGAAAUUUUAAUCACGGAUAUGAAAUUUUAGUUUUACAUGCUUUUUUCCCAGUAUGUCAUAUAUAGAGUGAACAGGAUAUCGAUGUUUCUUAAUUAAAAUGCAAGGCUUUUAUGUUAACCAUCUUAAGAUGAAGAAGUUCUACAAACACGAAGAAGUUCUCGCCCUUUUUUCAGGGGCCUAAGUUUUUUAAUUCACUUGACAACAAGGUCAUCAACUCUCAAUCGCUCUCCUCUUUUAAGAAAAAACUGAAGAUUAAAUUAUUGAGUAAGUAUGAAAACAGUUUGUAAGUCUUUCCAUCUUCGACUUUUCGCCUUCUUUUCUUCAAUUGAUGUGAAACAGCUCUAGCUCAUAGUUCGAGGAGGCCUAACCUCUCAUAAGCUCCUAUAGUUUCUGUUAGGUCUCCUCGCCACCUAUUUUUUUCUUCUUUUCCUAUAGUUUUUGUAAUUAUUGUGUGGCAAAUAAAAUAAAAUAAAUAAAUAAAUGAUAAACUACCGCCCACCGUUAGGUAGUGAAAUCUCUAUCUAUAUCUAGAUUGAUGAAUUGUAGUAUUGUCAUAAAGAAGUUAAAUUGUAAAAUCCGCCGAAAGAAACCAUUUUGCAAAGCUUUUAAUAAUCCGUUAAAUCCCUAUAUUUCAUCUACAUUUACAUCACCUUCCCUUUAAGCCAAAUGUCUAUUUUCCUGUGACGUCAGUUUGCUUUUAGGUUUAUUUUCUAUUAAGUCCCAGGCUAUCAAAAACUAAUGAGGUCUUUUGUUAUUCUUUCGCUUUGGGUAUAUAGUGUUGUUUAAUUUGACAUGAUUCCGCUGCGCCGUAAUAUCUGAACAUGGUGUGAAAUCUUAACGCAAUUGCUAUCUCAAAAGCGUCAAUUCCCCUAUUCAUUGUUUCUCAUCAUUUUGUGGUAUAAAAUAGACAAACUAUUCGACUACGUUAAGUGCGCUUGAUGGAACACAAGAUUUAAAAGUCCUGUCAUUCCCUAAAUUGUUUUUUCUUUCCUUAAUAUUUAGCUGCCUUUUCAGUUCUGCGACUAAGCUAAAGGCAGGAUUUCGUUUAAAAAUAUUGUUAAAUUAUUCAGAGCUGGUAAUUUUGUCAGUUAAUUGAAUUUAAUGUUUAGAGCCCUUUUCUCUACUUUCCUCUAAAAUUUUGGCCAUUAAAAAGGUCGUGUAACUAGAACUUUAAAUUAUUUAGUUACAUUUUAAUCUGAGGAUGAUUUGUGCCGCUCUUAGGAAAAACCACUUCAAGGAUCGUGUUUACAAGUGUCUUUUUUGACCAACAGAGCCGCUAAAUGUAAAACAAUUUAUUUUUCCUUGAAAUAGAAGUGUCUAAUGACCAAAUCAAACCCAUUGUCAAAUACUAACGACUUCCAACGAACGUAACCGGGAAAACUCGAGCGAAAACUCACGUUAUGCGUGGAGUUGUAGAGCUAAGCCAAAACAUUCAGGUCAGGGUUGUUGCCAAAUCUAAGUUGUAAUCUGAUUUCCAACAUGUGUUUUCCUGUUUCUAAUUAGACGCUUUCUUCACGCAAUUCGAACUCUAGCUGAGUCCAUCAAUUGAAUUCCGCAGACUUGUCUCAGCAAACUUUGUGGGAAAAAUAAAAAUGUAGGCUGUGGAUAAGAACUGUUCCUUUACUGAUAAGGUGUGUUGGUCAAUUAUUUGGCUUAGCAGGAAACAGCAGGAAAAUGAAAUUAAAAAUUAGUGGGACUUUUCAGAGAUGGCAGGCUUCAUGGUCUGCGAAAAGUUCUUAAAUUCUACUAUCAAAAUAUUUGCAUAUAAAAAGAGACGGCGGCAAACAUGUUUUGUAAUUACAAUUUUGUUCUCCGGUGAUUGUUCUGACUGUGUAAUUUGUUUUCUUACUCUGAAAUUAUUAUAAAUUGCCGUUUUGCAUGAAAAUAAGCAAAAUGUGAUAUUACCAUGCACGAAAACUAUUUCCCUCGCGUAUUCAUUUUGUUCUAAUAGUUAAUGAGACCACUAUCACUUCAAAUUUCAUUGAAAGGUAACGAGGUCAGUAAUAGUUAGGCGGAUGGCUUGAUCUCAAAUGUAUCUGACACGAAGUCUUCCUAUCUCUCGAGGAUUUUAUUUAGAUUGAAAUUUGUAAAAAAAAAAAGCUAAGCGGCCUCUUAUUGCUAUCAUUUAUCAAAAAACACGGAAUUUCGGCAUAUUCGUACCGUAACGAUCCCUUUUAAUUAUUAAAUUGUGUGCUCGAGAGGAGGAAAGUGUCAGAGGAGGUUUGCCUACCUGGCGGUGAAAGAAACAUGCUAUUCGUUUCAAAGUUGAUGUUGAAGGAUCGGUCAAGUUUUGAGGUUGCCUUUCAUCUCCCCCAGAUUUUGGUGUUGCAGUGUUUUGGGUUCUGUUACAAGUUCUGAGUAUUAAACAGACGGUCGGCCAGUCAAAGGAGCGAUAUUUGUAAGUUUAAACAGCAUUUAUUCAUCCGCUUACUUUAAUGUUCUUGUUGUGUACAUGUCGAGUAUUUCAUACUAAUUGUGUAUUUUAUACUAUGAUGUUUUGGAAGUUUGGCAGGGGCGUAUUGAUUUGAAAGUCUUCCUUUGUCUUUCUAUAAACUUUUUUUUUAGUUAAAUUUGGGCAAAACAACCACCAGAGGAAAUCACCUGGUUUUGAUCGCCGAAGCCUAUAAAAAGCGCCAUCCUCAAAGGCAAAGUGACAAAGGGACACGUUAUUGACUGAGUUAAAGUCUGCUUAAGAUUUUUGGCAUCUACAUUCAUUUGACUGGGACAAUGUCAAAACCUCCAUUGAGUAGGGCCACAAACUCGGCCCAAUCUACGACUCCACCAGCUGCCGCCGAGCCAGGUCCCGAUUGGCCUGUAGCGAAAAAGCUUUGGGGAAUCGCUUGGGAGUUCCAUUGGGCUGGACUGGGGACUCUCUUCAGUAUAUUAGCAGUACGCUCUUUCCUCGUUCUAGCGCAAGUUCGAACCAGACAGGGAUUUGGCCGAAAGCCCUUGUUUAUAGCCAUAAACUCUUUGCUUUUUACUUUAGGUGCAACGAGAGCCUUGUUUUUAUUUCUUGACCCUUACUCCUCAGCAGAAAAUGGGAUUAAAAUCCCACCCUGGAUAUCAACAUUGGUUUUUGGCAUAACCUAUCCCUGUUUGACAUCUUCGUUCUGUUUUAUUCACUUGGCUUUUAUUGAAGUGGCAAAGAUCCAGCUUGGAUCUAAAAGGCUCCAAGAUGUUCGCUUUUUAGGUGGUAUCAUUGGAAUUCACUUUGCCAUCGUAAUAACUGCAGAAACAACAACUGCCCUCAAACCCGAUUUUGCAUCGUUGCUGAUCAUAUGCCAAUCAUUCUUCAUCCUCUGGGGCCUUAUACUGUCUGCGAGCUUUAUCUACAGUGGUUUGAAAGUCAUCAAUCAAGCUUCGAGAGUACAAAAACAAAUUGAGAGCAUCGAACUUGAAAAUAGCACAAUCAGAAGAACAUCUAAAAGACCAAGGAAAACAUCAAAAGUUGCCAAAGUAACUCUUGUAACGAGUGUUUUGGGAUUUGUUUGUUGUGGACUGCAGAUUUAUUCAAUGUUCGGUGUUUAUGGAUUGUAUAGUAAAGUUGUUAAUCCGUCUCCCUGGCCAUGGUGGGUGUUUCAAACGUGUUUUCGGUUGGUUGAAUUCGUUAUGGCUUGUACACUAGCCUACAGUGUGACGCAACCUGUGAAACCCGGAAACAUGGCCAAAAACUGA